AUGGGACCCAAGUUAGAUGAACUGAAGGAAGCAUUAGCGUUCUGUCCGCUUUGGAGUUUUGAAAAGCGUAAGUGGUUGGGUCUGCUACUUCUUCAAGCCAUGGGAGUCUAUUGUUUGCAUCACAAUUCAAGGAUACUUUUUGAAAGUGCAAUAACGGUAUUCGACGAUGAAGCCAUGGGGUCGUAUCCAUGGGGUCAGACUGCAUACGAAGUUCUCAUUGACUAUAUUAAAACAUUGGUUCCAGAAGGAGGGUCAUACACAAUAAGCGGCAUGACCGUCGCGUUAUUGAUUUGGGCGUAUGAAUCCAUCGCCUGCUUCGGUGAGAAUUUUGGGAGAGUGGUGAAUAAUGAAGACGUUAUGCUUUUGCAAUGGGGUGGAAAGCGUACACGUGCAAGUUUUGAUAACUUGUUGGCUGCCGAAAUCAAAGAGCAUGGCGAGGUGCGUGUGAGGAUAAUGGUUUUGAAAGACUCAACUGAAGAGAUGUUUCCUAAAUGGUCGGGUGAACCUGACGACCCACAACUCGUUAGCUUGAUAACAUACAUACAUGAAGGUAAAGUUGCUGCAACGGAAAAGGGUUCUAGCGAGGAGGAAGGUAGCAAAGAUUUGGAGAACAAAGCGACUCUGGCGACCAUUGUGAGUACUCUGGAGAAUAUUUCCAGAAAAUUUGAUCAGAUUGACUCAUGGUUUGACGCUUACGAGUUAGAACGGAACAGACCAUUGACGGACCAGAAGACCAUUGAUGACAUGGUGAAAGCUUUAGUGGAGGAGCGUCUGAAAGAGUUUUAUAAGGAUACAUGGGUGAAAAGGACUUUGGCUGAGGAGUUUGAUAAGGAUACAUGGGUGAAAAGGAAUUUGGCUGAGGAGUUUGGUAGUGUCGCUAAAGCUACUGAUCUUAAUUUCGUAUAUGUUUCUCCUUCAAAGGCUACUAAGGAUGAUAAGGAUGCUAAGGUUCCAGCCUAUGGACGCGGCUGCAGGGGCAGGCGUACUGUAAAGGAUGAGGAUGUCGCUGAUAAGAAAAAAGCAGUGCAGGCAGAGGCUGCGUUGAAGAGGAAGGAGAAGGAUGACGCUAAGACAAAAGAGGCUGAGUUAAAGAAGCAAAAACUGGACACUGAAUGUGCUGUGACGAACGACGAAGUUCUUGCGGAAGAGAACAAAUUUUCGCCAGAGUCUGAUGUCGAGAACCAGAAAGUGGUUAGAUCUGCCGUAGUAAAGGAAUAUCGGGAGAAACAUGUUCAUUUAUCUCCAAAAGGGUUUUCAUUGACGGCAGUUUCUUCACCACCAGUUUUUUCGUACAUUGGAGACGAUGGAACGACGUGCAUGAGGAAGAAUGUUAAGCCUUCAUCAGCAAUAUAUGACUCUCUAGCACCUGUUGAUCCGGUGCUAUUCGAAAAACUGAUGCAACACAUUAAGGAAACUCCACCCAAACCACCAGCACCAGUAGAUAAACCAGCAGUCCUCUCAGCUGAUCAUGAGAGUGACUUCUACAGCAUACUCAUCCAUGAAAGACCGUGGCCGGAAAAGGAAUAUGGAUGGGUGUUUGAUAAUAUAAGUCUUUAG